AUGGAGAACAAAUCUGCUGUAGUUACUGAAUUUAUCCUUGUGGGCUUCACCAAUGUCCGAUGGCUUCAAAUUCUCCUGUUUGUGAUUCUCCUUGUCACCUACCUCUUGACUAUGGGAGGGAACAUCCUCAUCAUCUCCAUCACCUUGCGUGACCAUCGUCUCCAGACGCCCAUGUAUUUCUUCCUCAGAAACUUCUCUCUCUUAGAAAUCGGUUUCACCUCUUCCUCCAUCCCCAACGUUUUGCUCAACCUGGCCUCUGGAAAAAACACAAUUUCUGUUGCCGGCUGUUUUGUGCAAUCUUUUUUCUAUUUCAUCCUGGGCACCACGGAAUUCUUCCUCCUGGCCACAAUGUCCUUUGACAGGUAUGUCGCCAUCUGUAAUCCACUUCGCUAUACGACCGUCAUGAACAGUCAUUUCUGCACCCAAUUAGUGCUGGGUUCUUGGAUAGUCAGCUUCCUAUACCUUAUCAUUCCUCUGGUUUUGUUGUUUCAUUUGCCUUUCUGUGGCCCAAAUGUCAUUGAUCACUUCUUCUGCGACAACAUGCCAUUAAUAGAGCUUGCCUGUGCGGAUACUCAGUCCCUAGAAUUGCUGGAUUUUCUCCUGGCCACGUUUAGUGUCCUGGGAACUUUAGCUGUGACCAUAGUUUCCUACAUUAAAAUAAUUUCCACCAUCGUGCACAUCCCUUCAACAGCAGGACAGCAAAAAGCCUUCUCCACUUGCGCCUCACACCUUACGGUGGUCUUCAUCACCUAUGGAAGUUGCAUUUUUAUGUACGUCAAGCCGAGACAGAGUGGGGGACUGGACCUCAGCAAGAAAGUGGGUGUUCUCAACAACGUGGUUACACCUCUGCUCAACCCUUUCAUCUACAGUUUGAGGAACAAGCAGGUCAAAGAGGCCUUGAAGGAUGUUUUACAGCAGUUGUAUUUUCAUGUACGCAAAACCAAAAGGCACCAGCGAGUUUUGAACAAACAGGUCCAGGAUGCUUUGAGAGCAGCAUUUGAGUGA